CCGGAAGUGGCUCUCUUGUCUGGUUUCUAGGGAGCAGGAAGCGGACCGGAUUGAGAGCAGGUGCGGUGGCAGGAGGUGGCCUGACCGAGCCCGGAACCGGCCAUGUCGGCCUUCGACACGAACCCUUUCGCGGACCCGGUGGACGUGAAUCCCUUCCAGGAUCCUUCAGUCACCCAACUGACGAACGCUAACCAGGGAGGCCUGGAUGAAUUCAACCCCUUCACCGAGAGCUCUCGGCUGACAAAUGUGGCUCAGACUACUCCGGCGACACAGCCCGUGGGGCCUUCGCAGCCAGCCGUGCUGCAGCCGUCCGUGGAACCCACCCCCCAGUUGCUGCUUAAACAGGUCAGCAAAUACCUGACUCCUAAGUUCAUCUCAGCAAGUCCAGAAGGUUCAGAGAGGCAGAGGUUGCUAGGAGACGACGCCAGCUCUUGGAAUAAGCGCCAGGCGGUGGCCUCAGCUGCGCAGGCCGGCCUCCUUCAGCAGCAGGAGGAGCUGGAAAGGAAGGCCGCGGAGUUGGAGAGAAAGGAACGCGAACUGCAGAACAGCUCGGCGGGCUUCAACCCCAAACAAAACAAUUGGCCUCCCCUCCCGAAGUUUUGUCCCGUGAAGCCCUGCUUCUACCAGGACUUCUCUGCAGACAUCCCCGCCGACUACCAGAGAAUCUGCAAGAUGCUAUAUUACCUGUGGAUGUUUCACUCGAUCACUCUGCUGCUCAACCUGCUCGCCUGCCUCGCUUGGUUCACGGUGGUACCCGAAAGAGGCGUGGACUUCGGUCUCUCCAUCCUGUGGUUUGUCCUGUUCACUCCCUGCGCUUUCCUCUGUUGGUAUCGGCCGAUUUAUAAGGCUUUCAGGUCUGACAGUUCCUUCAGUUUCUUUGUCUUCUUCUUCGUCUUCUUUUGCCAAAUAGUGAUCUACAUCAUCCAGGCUGUCGGCAUUCCUGGCUGGGGGGACAGUGGUUGGAUCGCAGCUCUCUCUGAGAUCGGGGUGAAUUUGGCCGUGGCGAUCAUCAUGAUGGUAGUGGCCACCUUCUUCACCGUCUGCUCCGCUCUCUCUCUUUUCUUGCUGAAGCGGGUGCAUUCUCUGUAUCGCCGGACCGGAGCCAGUUUCCAGAGAGCCCAGGAGGAGUUCUCCCAAGGCAUCCUCACCAACCGGAACUUCCAGAACGCUGCGGCUGGGGCAGCUUCUACAGCCGCUCAGAGCGCUUUCCGGGGGAACUAACCCCCUCCCUCCCCCAAAGGGGGCCUGCGUGUGUUCCCGCUUCUCUCAUCACUCCCUCAUCACUACCGUUCCAGGGUGUGCUUCCCCCAAGGGUACCGGCCUCGGCUCCGAGAUGCCAGCAAGAAGAGGUUCUUGGACUUUUAUUCCUGCCCACACCAGUGUCUUUUCUCUUGGGAGGGGGGCCACGGUCAGGCCAGGUUCUUCUCUCCGCCCCCCCCCCCCUUUUCCCAAAUCAAAUACAUUUCUUUUUAAAAAAACAAACAAAACCCCAAAGAUCCGAGAUGCGUUCACCGUUUCUUCUCCUUCUCGUCUUCCCUGCCCCAGCCCUUUUUUUUGUUUUGUUUUGUUUUUUUCGCUUUGGUUGGUAAAUUUUUAAUUAAUCGCUGACCCACAACCGCCAGCCGAUGAGGGAUUUGGGUACGUGCGCUGCUGGCUUUGCAGCGUGAAAGGGACGUGUGAAAUGAGCAGCGCCCUUUCGACACGGGAGCUUUCCCCCAAAGGUUCGCCCUGCGGAACGUGAAUCCACACACCCUGGACCUCCAAGAACGGGGGAUUUUUGAUUGUGGAAUUAGCCGCCAGUGGUGCAUCUGUUAGCAUAGCCUUCUGUUUGGGAUGAUGGCAUCUUGGGGGGUUAUUUCUGGAUUCUGGCUUUUUUCGGGGAGGCAGCAUUGAAUAACCCAGUGGUUUUUAGCUGAUACAUUCUCUUGGGAUCCAGAGAGUGAGGGAAGCAGCACAGAUCAAGACGUGAAACCGCUUUGGAGAAUAAAAGGGUUACUUUUGAGCAAUCCGGUUAGAUUUUUUUUUUUUAAUUUUAUUUUUUGGCAAUAGCCUAGUGCUGAUUUUUGGUUGCAGCCGCUUUCCAGAGGCUGUCUUCUUUACACCCUCUCCGAACCCCUCGGGAGCGAGGGAUUCCGAGAUACAAGGAAGGCACAUCGGAAAGAGAAAGAAUGUUGUUAGGUGAAGUAUUGCACAUCUUCAAGGUGGGCUCGCCGAAACCCUCUUUAAUUCAUUUCCUAACGGCAGCGUUCGGGCCCACCUUGAACGACGCCUGUCCCAAAACCACCGUGUAUCGAGUGCGAGUCACGCAAAGUGCGUUGAUGGUUUUCUCUGUACCAAACAAACACCUCUGUGGAUUUCGCAACCCCGGGAAAUGAGCGGUGGGGCGAUCCCCACACCAGCCUUCACAAAUCCCUGGAAUUAAGUCUUUUGCUCCUUCUUUCUCAGCGGAAUCAGGCUGUAAAAAAAUACCCCCUUCCACACACACGUGCACUUUGCGGGAGUGGAGUAUGAGGAAAGAAAGGCAGGUCAUAUUUCUCAGUAAGCUGGGGUGGAGGAGAAGCAGGAACACCGCCGGAUUAAAGUUGGCGGGGAAGGCAGGAGGGGGAGGCCGUGGCAAUAAGUUGACGCGGGAGGCAAAGCGGAGGAGCUUCAAGGAACGCCGUGCCACGGACGUGGGAAAUCCGGGAUCCACGCUGCGAACUCGGGCAGCUUCAGGAGCUAUAGAAACACCUAGAUAUUACGGCAAGUCGUAGCCCAGGAUCACUCCCUCUCGUAGGCUGCGCAAACAAGUCAGUUGUAGAAGCAAGAAUGGAACUUCACUGUAAACGGUUUGCUUCGUCGUGCACUUCUUGGGGGGGACGUGGGUGGCCAGGAGUAGCAGACACUGUACAAUCCGUAACCCAGUUUCUUCGUUCGCUCGUCCCUUACACUGGUCCAGAAGGCGCACUAAGACCCGCCAUGCUGAUGAACGGCUUUGCCAACUGCUCUGAGUAAGGUAGUUAAGUAGGAUGCAGCGUUCAGAAGAACAUUAGCAGGCUUUGGCUUCUGCUCCUCAAUAGGAUCUCACAUCCCUUGUCAAAUGUUAGCAUCCUAAAUUGGUUUUUGGGCCUCACCUUGAGGUAUGCCCAAGCCCCCUGGUACACCGGAGGGCGACAUCUCUUAUUUUGGUUUCUUUGUCUUUCUCAAAUGUAUGUAAUGAUGGCAGAACUUGAGAUUUUUACAAAAAAAAAAAAGAAUUCUUACCUUUCUCGGGUGUACUUUUCCACCUCUGAUUUUUUUUUUCUUUCCCCACCUUGUAAAAAUGUAUAUGUCAAACUUUUUGUGCUUAAAUACAAAAUAAAAAUGACAGAUUGUUAGUAAA